AUGUUCGAUGUGGGUGGCCAGCGCUCAGAGAGGAAGAAGUGGAUCCACUGCUUCGAGGGGGUGACAGCCAUCAUUUUCUGUGUGGCCCUGAGCGCCUACGACCUGGUGCUGGCUGAGGAUGAGGAGAUGAACCGGAUGCAUGAGAGCAUGAAGCUGUUCGACAGCAUCUGCAACAACAAGUGGUUCACAGACACGUCCAUCAUCCUCUUCCUCAACAAGAAGGACCUCUUCGAGGAGAAGAUCGUGCACAGCCCCCUGACCAUUUGCUUCCCUGAGUACACAG